UUUGCGUGUUGGAAGCGUGCACUGUGAGAUGUAGCCAAGAAGAUGACGUUUGCUGUCGCUCCUCUAUUAUCAUGAUGCCGCGACAUUCAUCUUACAAUAAAACUGAUAACACUGAAGGAUAAUUUUACUUGUAUAUUCAAUAUCUAUUUUUCCCUUUCUUGUAACGCGUAAAAAUGGCACAGACAGGAUCGACUCAAACUACCGGGGUCUUGCCCCCCGAGCAACAUGGAUACAUUCCUGACAAAUUGAAGAAGGCUGAAAAACGGAUAGAGGCCCAUCCAUAUGACACAGAGGCGUGGAGUGUUCUGAUCAGGGAUGCUCAGAUGAAGACCAUUGAAGUAGCAAGACAAGUGUAUGAGCGACUUGUAACACAAUUUGCCAAUGCUGGGAAGUACUGGAGGAUUUACAUAGAACAGGAGCUAAAAGCCAAGAACUAUGAACGAGUUGAAAAGUUGUUCCAGCGGUGUUUGGUGAAGGUUUUAAGUAUUGACCUGUGGAAACUUUAUCUGACCUACAUAAAAGAUACAAAGGGAUCCCUGCCAUCAUACAGGGAAAAGAUGGCACAAGCCUAUGAUUUUGCUCUUGACAAGAUGGGAAUGGACAUCAUGUCAUACCAGUUAUGGGUUGAUUAUAUCAACUUUCUCAAGUCAGUUGAUGCUGUUGGAUCAUAUGCGGAGAACCAGCGUAUCACAGCUGUGAGGAAGGUCUACCAACGGGGUGUAGUCAACCCAAUGAUCAAUAUAGAGGCCCUCUGGAAAGAUUACUGUGCAUAUGAAAAUAAUAUUAACCCACUGAUUGCCAAAAAAAUGACAGAAGAUCGAGGUAGAGAUUACAUGAAUGCCCGAAGGGUUGCCAAGGAGUAUGAAGCUGUUACACGUGGACUUAACAAGAGUCUGCCCUCAGUUCCUCCCUCUAACUCUCCAGAGGAGGCACAACAGGUUGAGUUGUGGAAGAAGUACAUAGCGUGGGAGAAAGGCAACCCUUUAAGGACAGAGGAUCAUGCUCUCAUCACACGGCGAGUGAUGUUUGCCUAUGAGCAGAGCUUGCUGUGCUUAGGACACCACCCAGACAUAUGGUAUGAGGCUGCUUCCUACUUAGAAGAAUCCAGUAAAAUCCUUACAGAGAAAGGAGAUCAGAAUGCAGGGAAGAUGUUUGCUGAUGAGGCAGCUGCAGUGUAUGAGCGGGCCAUCACAACGCUCAUGAAAAACAACAUGUUGGUUUAUUUUGCAUAUGCUGAUUUUGAGGAAAGCCGUAUGAAGUAUGAAAAAGUCCAUAGUAUAUAUAAAAGGAAUCUGAGUGUUCAAGAUGUAGAUCCAACCUUGUCGUACAUCCAGUACAUGAAGUUUGCCCGCAGAGCUGAGGGGAUUAAGUCAGCUCGAUCUGUGUUCAAAAUGGGACGUGAGGACAGUCGCACCAAGUAUCAGGUGUUUGUAGCUGCUGCCCUUAUGGAGUACUAUUGUAGUAAAGAAAAAAAUGUUGCCCUGAAGAUUUUUGAGUUGGGAUUAAAGAAGUAUGGUGAAUGUCCUGAGUAUGUGCUGUGUUAUAUGGAGUUUAUGUCUCACCUCAAUGAGGAUAACAAUACAAGAGUGUUGUAUGAAAGAGUGCUGUCUUCUGGACAAAUCCCCCCACAGAAGUCCAUUGAAAUUUGGAGUAGAUUCCUGGCUUUUGAAUCAGAAGUUGGAGAUUUAGCAUGUAUACAGAAAGUGGAAAAACGAAGAGCUCAGGCCAUUGAAAAGGUGCAGGAGUUUGAAGGAAAAGAUACAGCGUUGUUGAUAGACAGGUACAAAUACCUUGACCUAUAUCCUUGUACUACAAGUGAACUGAAGGCUGUGGGAUAUUAUGACCUGGCUAAACAGCAGGUAGUACAGCUACCUUCCAACAGUGUGACCAAGGUGGUGAUGGAGGAGGAGGAGGGAAAGAAGGCACCAGAAUACCCCAAACCUGAUGUCGAACAGAUGCUGCCCUUCAAACCCAGAAUAGUCAUACCUAAUGGUUCACACAUUGUGGAUGGUGGUGUUUUUCCUCCACCUCCUUCAGCUGCUAAUCUGAUGACACAGCUACCACCUCCAGAAUGUUUCCAUGGACCUUUUGUAAUUAUGGAUGCUUUCAUUGAACAUAUGAAGAAGCUAGUGUUACCUGAUAUUCCUAUUUCUCAAGAGAAUGGGGUUGACAGCAAACCAGAUACUGGCACACAAUUCUCCAUAGAUCUCGCUAUGGGCAGAAAACGCAAGAUCACAGAAGGAGAGGAAAGUGAUGAAGAAGGCAAACACAUAUUGCAUUGGUUUCGUAAAGGUUUACGAUUACACGACAACCCAGCUCUGAGGGAUGCGUUGAAAGGAAGCUCGACCUACCGGUGUGUCUACAUCUUGGAUCCCUGGUUUGCUGGCUCUUCACAAGUUGGCAUCAACAAAUGGAGAUUCCUGUUACAAUGUUUAGAAGACUUGGAUUGUUCUCUAAGAAAACUAAAUUCUAGAUUGUUUGUUGUACGCGGUCAGCCAACAAAUGUUUUUCCACGCCUAUUCAAGGAGUGGAACAUUACAACAUUAUCAUUUGAGGAGGACCCUGAACCAUUUGGAAAGGAGAGGGAUGCUGCUAUCAAGGCAUUGGCACUGGAAGCAGGUGUUGAAACAAUUGUCCGUACCUCACACACAUUGUAUGACCUACAAAAAAUUAUCAACCAAAACAAUGGUAUAUCACCAUUGACAUACAAGCGGUUCCAGAUGAUCUUGUCCAAGAUGGAUCCUCCAAAACAGCCUGUGGAUGCCAUCAAUGCUUCUUAUCUGGGCAAGUGUAGGACACCACUAAACGACGAUCAUGAUGAACACUAUGGAGUUCCCACCCUUGAAGAACUUGGAUUUGACACAGAAGGUCUAAAACCAGCUGAAUUUCGAGGAGGAGAGAUGGAGGCCCUGUCUCGUCUUGAAAGACACUUAGAAAGAAAGGCAUGGGUAGCAAGCUUUGAGAAACCAAAGAUGACAGCUCAGUCCUUAUUCCCAAGUCAAACAGCGCUUAGUCCAUACCUACGGUUCGGUUGUUUGGCGCCACGACUAUUUUACUGGAAACUGGCAGAGCUGUUCAGAAAGGUGAAAAAACAAUCGGAUCCACCAUUGUCCCUGCAUGGUCAGCUAUUAUGGCGUGAAUUUUUUUACACAGCUGCCACCAAUAAUCCAAAUUUUGAUCAAAUGAAGGACAAUCCCAUCUGUGUUAAGGUUCCGUGGGAUCACAACCCUGAGGCUCUGGCAAAGUGGGCAGAGGGUAUGACGGGUUAUCCAUGGAUUGACGCAAUAAUGCGGCAGUUGAAGCAGACCGGCUGGAUUCAUCACUUAGCCAGACAUUCUGUAGCGUGUUUCCUCACGCGGGGCGACUUGUGGAUAUCUUGGGAGGAGGGCAUGAAGGUGUUUGAUGAACUACUGUUGGAUGCUGACUGGAGUGUUAAUGCUGGUAUGUGGAUGUGGCUGUCAUGCAGUUCCUUUUUCCAGCAGUUUUUUCACUGCUACUGUCCUGUGGGCUUUGGAAAGCGGGCUGAUCCUACUGGGGAUUUCAUUAGAUCAUACAUACCUGAACUGAAGAACUAUCCCUCUAAGUAUAUUUUUGAGCCCUGGAAUGCCCCACAGUCCGUCCAGAAGGCAGCCAAGUGUGUUAUAGGAAAGGACUACCCUCUUCCUAUCAUUGGUCACAGUGAUGUUAGUAAAGUCAAUAUGGAGCGUAUGAAACAGGUCUACCAACUCUUAGCUCAGCGAGCAUCAGCAGUGUCAUCUAUUCCAAAACAUCCUGAGGACCUGACACACAAGACAACAAUGGCACUCACAGGUGCCCAUUCUGGAAACCACCCAACUCGAGUCCCAAUUUGCUGUAAUGCUGCAGACCAACAGACAAACAAUGAAGGCACUGACCACACUAUUGGUUCUACAUUCGCUGUGUACUCUAGUGCUUCUUAGUAAGGGGCGGAACAAUAUCGUGUUCCUGGCACGGUGUGCAGCAAUUCAAAGAAUGGCAUGUAGAAAUGUAGACCAUAUCCUGUUGUGGUAUUUAUAUAUAAAACUGCUCCCAUUUUCAGUGUAUAUAGAUAUCAUCAAAUUUCAUGUUUUUUUGUAAAUAUUUCUGAACUUCGCAAGGACACCAAAUCCCAUUUGCUUUAAGCACUUGUGGUUUGCUGUGACAGUAUAUAAAAGUUAUGUGGCUGUGGUAUUAUAUUCCUGAAGGCUGCAGAAGUAUACUACACAAUUUUACUUUUACUGGUAAUAUUCUCCAAUAUUAAAUGACUUAUAAGUGAUGUGUAGCUUACAUACAGUAACUUUUCAAUUUUGUAAAAGUUCAUUCUGAUUUUACUGGCACUUCACUCCAAAGCGAUUACUCUGAAGUUUUGUGUCAAAUUUGAUGAAAAAUGUGUUAUAGAUUGUUAAAACUUUAAAAAGCUAAAAUAAUGAUCUGGAACAUAAUUAAUGUGUCAGGUCUGUAGUUUUUCACUUUUUCUCUUGUUUCAGGAUCAUGGAUAAUGUUCUGAUAAUAUUUGUUAUUGACGAGUCCCAAAAGGACUUAAUUAAAUGGCAUACACUUCUGAAAUUUUUGAAGCCACAUGGUUUGAGAUACAGCAUUAACUUGCCUGAACUUUCUUUCUACAAUACGUACAAUGAUAUUCUGUUGUGUAUGUAUGUUAUGUUGAUGUCAGAUUGUGGUCUAGAGGUAUGUUGCAGUGUAUCAUUGUUACUUUUAUUUGAUUUAAAAAACACAUUAAAUGACAGUAAAUGCUGUAAGAUUAAAAAUAAAUUGAAGAUAUGUUAUUUUACUUUGCCUUAACAAAGGAAAUUAGAUAAAUAACUUUUGCUUGUUUCAGAAAUACAACAACCAACUUCUGUAGGAUGUACUCUUAGGUCAUAGGGUCACAGGUCAAAUCAAGACAAAAAGAGAUUUGGAAUAAUUGUCAAUCCUUUUCAACAAUUUUUGCUUUCAGUCUUUUGUAGAAUGUAUUGUAGCAAUCUGAACUAGUAUGUUUUGGUAAAAAAAAGAACAACAAAAGGGAAAAAGAAAUGAAAAAUCUGGCUUAUCGUUGGGCUUUUUCUCAAAGUUCAUUUGAAAAAGAUCUCAUUAGUACAUUGUUGUGCAUAUUGCAUUUUGGGUAAAACAGAAUGGAAUACAGUGUGUGUAUGACAAAUGAUCAUGGCUAUAUUGAUUAGGGUUUUGAAAGUUCAUGCUUUUCCGUACUGGCAAAAUAUCAGUGGUCCUUAGCUUUGAAUUUUACAAAAUUAUGGGACUGAUUAAAAAAAAUAUGACCAACCGAGUUCCAUCUUUGAUUUCCAGAGCCAUGUCACAGGAAGCACAAUAUGGAUCUCUCUCAAUUUUCACAUAAGUCUGUGUUGGCCCCUAGUUUCUACUAAUAAGAGCUUUAAUGAGGAACUUGGUUUGAAAGGACAAAUCCAUAAACUCUGGGGGAACUGUUUGCUUGGUUGCUCGACUGAUUCUGUAUUUGGAAGUAAACAACUAUGCCUUAAACUUACAGGAUUUUUUCUUUGGGAUGGAAAGUUAUGUUGAUUUUUUGUAUCUGUUAUUCUCAUUAUUAUACAGAGAUUGAAAUGGGAUUGAUACCUAGUUUGAGCUGUUUUAUCCAAUGCUGAUGUCCUGUGUUCUACCCAGAAAAGUAACAUCUUAUUAUAUAAUAUGGUUGGAAAUAAAAUCACUAUGUUUUGUUUUGAUUGAGCUUUUUUGAAGGCAGCAUAACUGAUGUUCCUUGUGAAAUUAGGAUUUUUAAUUCCCGGUAUGAAAUAUUAUUUUGUUUAACAAACAUGGAGAGCUGAUCACUCCUAUACUUCUGUCUUAGUGUUAACCUUUCAUUCUGAAUUAACAUCAUCAGUCCGGUGACUUCAUUGUUUUGGUGAUUUUCCAGGUUGAGUAAAAAUGACCUUGAUUGAAUUGUGUUACCAUACCUCAAGGUUAAGGUUACUGUUAUUGUAAAUCAUCAACAUAUUUACAUGUUCAAUGCCUCAAUGACUUCUCAUCUUGUAUUUGCAUGUGUUGUUAUCCUAAUUUUAUUUGCAUUGUUCUUUGACCUCUGUCCUCGUAAAUUUUGUACAUAGCUUAAUCACAUAAUUAUAGCUCACCUGGUCCAAAGGACCAACGAGCUCGUAAAUUUUGUACAAAGCUUACUCACAUUUUUAUAGCUGACCUGGUCCAAAGGACCAACAAGCUAAUGGCAUUGUUUCAAUCAUCCAUCAACUUUUUACUGAAAAUCACUAAAGUCAUGAAUGACUGAACAAAUUUUGACCAAAUUUUUAUAUUUUCAUAAAUGUCCCAAGGGGGCUGAGAGGUUGGGUCAAAAUGGAGAAUUUAACAAGUUCUCAAAAUUUUUCUUCUUCUGAUUUUUGCCCAAACUUGGCCUGAAGCAUCCUUGGAUGAAGGAGACUCAGUUUUGUAUAAACAGUCUUGGCAUUUAGGGUGAAAUGGGUGGGUCUCAAUAGGGGAUAUAAAGAAAAUUGUUUAAAAUCUUUCUUUUGUAGGAAUGCCCUGAUUCUGGCCGAUUUGAUCUGAAGCAUACCUUAAUUGUAGUUGAAAGGAACCCAACUUUGUAUAAACCAGGACUCUGACAUCAGAGGUGUGGGGCCCAAAAGGGGAAAAAAAUGUUUAUAAAAUUACACCAACAUCAUUGACAAGGUCCGUUUUGUUGUUAUACCUUGGUGGAUAGAACUUCAGAUUCUGUGAUGGGUGUAAAGUUUGGUAAAUGAAACAAUGGAAAGCCUGUAGGUUGUAAAACUUUGUAUAUACAUUUGUUGAAAUGAUGUAAAUAUGUAUAUAUAAUAUAUUGUUAAAUCAUUGUAUCAGCCUCCAUAUCUUUUGUGUUGUGAUACUAAACUACAUCAAAUCUAUAUGAUCCUUGGCUGUUUACGUAGUUGAAUUAUGUUAACAGUGGAAUGGCUUUUCCUGGAGAAGUGUUACGAUCAUUUGUUGAUAAAUUACUGUACCAGUCAACAGAUGAAAAAAAAUAUGUUUUGAUAAGUAAAUAUGUUAUUAAAAGA